AAUCGAAAUUCAUUAUUCUUACAGGAGAUGGAGAAAAUGGUGGAUGCUGGACUGACAAAGUACAUAGGACUAUCCAACUUCAAUGUGAAACAGAUAAGCAGGAUACUGCAGAAUGCCCGUAUUAAACCCUCCAACCUCCAGAUAGAGCUUUACCUUUACCAGCAGUCAAAAGAACUGCAGGAGUUGUGCAGAAAGCAUGACAUCACCAUCACGUCAUACUCCACCUUAGGCUCUAUGGGAAUCACUAGUGCGGGGCUGCCUGAAGGACUUAUUCAAGGAUCUUGGGACAACCCUCUAAAGGAUUCUGAUGUGCUCGCGAUCGCCAAGAAUCACAACAAGACAGCUGCCCAGGUGCUGUUACGUCAUAUGAUACAGCUGGGCAUCGCUAUUGUGCCAAAGAGCUCCAACCUGGACCGUCUGAAGGAGAACUUUGAUAUCUUCGACUUCGAGCUGAGUAAGGCGGAGAUGUCUAAGCUUGAUCUGUUGGAUCGAGGGGAGGAAGGUAGAAGAUUUGUAGUGGAGGUGAUCAGCCAUCAUCCUGAAUAUCCGUAUGACAAGAAGAAUUGACUUUACUGCAGCUGCAAAACGGAGGAAAAUUGAAAAUCACAAUCCAGAACUUGGAACAACCCACCGAAGGACUU